AUGCCUGCUUCGCUUGAAAGGCAUUUUGGUUGGGCAAAAUCACGGUUUUACAGGCGGUUAAUCAGAUUCCGUUGGCCAACUGCUCGCAGAGUGGUUGACCAACUCUACUUGAAAGAUGAGAGAGAGCCUGUCAAAAACCCGGGGUCUACUCAAAUCCCCGCUGAAUUUGAACCGGGUUCUGGCCGCGAAUCUUGA